AUGAAAUAAAAAUAACAAUUUUGUUUUCCCUUUGAUGUGUCCCCCGUCGGACGGAUUCCUUUUGUUUGUUUUAAGUUUAUUUUAUACAAAAGUUUAGGUCUUUUAUUUAUCGAUUGAGGCACUACGAAGUCUGCCGGGUCAACUAGUAUCUAAUAAGAAUAGCCUUUGCAACGAUCUCCAAAGAUUUCCUGUAAGUUUUCGCAACGUAUGCUUAAAACGCCUAUCCGUAAUGUUGUUUUGCUGUUGACAGAUAUGUUUUCCUAUAUCUUCUACAGUGGUGGGCUAUAUCCGUUCGACAGUAUAUUUAAUAGAUUUGUUCCAGAUAUUGAAGAAAAUAAUGCAAAAAAUAAUCUUAAAAAAUUUAAGGACAAUUUGAGUUAUGAGGUUGUCUUCCAAGAGACAGUCAGUUGACUUUAACUCAUCUAUAUCCAACUAGUCUAUAACCGUAAAGGCAGCGAUGCGCUUACGCACCCCCCAGCCCCUCACCUCUUGUAUAAAACCUUCCACACCUGCGCUGGCCUCAGUUCUAAUUGCAUACUCGAGUUUGAAACACGUAUAUCCAAGAAAAUGUUCUCACCGCGUCUCUUUGCGGUUUUCAUCGCUUUCGCCGGUUUCGCAACGGUAACGGCUUUGCCUGCCCGGGACAAAGAAGUUAUCGCGCAGCCCGUCUCCAUUACAGAUGACCAGUUCACGUUCCCAUGGCUGAACCUUUCGCCAUUCAGUCUGUUUGCUCCUUUGUGGAAGCUGAUCCCCACUUUUGUGGACAUCGGGCCAAGAAUCUACGCUGACGAUGACAAGUUCAAGGUCGUUGUCAACGUUAAGGACUACAAGAAAGACAACCUUAAAGUUAAAGUAAAGGGAGACUUUAUCUUCGUCCAAGGAUCGCAAGAAGCUAAAGAAGACGACCAUGACGUGUUCGCCAGCCAGUUCUUCCACACCUAUAGCCUACCUGUGAACUCGAGUGCUGCUGAUGUUACGGCUGAGCUGACUUCCGAUGGAUACCUCGUCGUGACGGCGCCGAUCAGCGAAAAUGUUGAUAAAACGAAAAAUACAGAGCGCGUUGUACCUAUUGUCGAGACUGGCGCUCCGUACAAGAAGGACGAGCCUGUAGAAAAGACGACAGUAGAAACCUUGGACGUUUCUACGACUCAGGAGCCGAAGACAUCAGCUCCAGCGGUAGUGACUGCAGCACCGGAACCCGAGGAGAAGAAAGAACCGACCACGCCCUCCGAACUCGAUGAAGCGACAGAAAAAGACAACGUGAUCCCACACGGAAACGAAGUUUCUGCUUAAGUGAUAAUUUAGUAUACGCAUUUAAUGAUAUCAGUAUUUAAUAAAAUAUUUUUUUGUAUGUAAA